AUGGCGAGCGAGAAAAGGGUCCUCUUAUUGUGCGGAGACUAUGUCGAAGAUUACGAGGUUAUGGUCCCGUUUCAAGCACUGCUGGCGUAUGGACUAUCCGUCGACUCCGUUUGCCCCGGAAAAAAAGCCGGUGAAAUAUGUCGCACUGCGAUCCAUGACUUCACCGGCCAUCAGACAUAUUCCGAGUCGAGGGGUCACAAUUUCGUUCUGAAUGCAACUUUCGAUGAAAUCGACCCCACCAAAUACGAUGGGCUGGUCAUACCCGGUGGACGUGCUCCGGAAUAUCUAGCCAUGAACGAAUCGGUUUUAGAAUUGGUUAGGACUUUCGAAAGUCUGCAGAAGCCAAUUGCUUCCAUCUGCCACGGGCAGCUGAUAUUGGCUGCAGCAGAUUUAGUCAGAGGCAAGAAGUGCACGGCUUACCCUGCUGUGGGGCCAGCUCUAAUUGCUGCGGGCUCCCAUUGGGUGGAGCCCGAGACUGUGGCCUUCUGCACUGCUGAUGGGAAUCUGAUCACUGGGGCUACUUACGUUGGGCAUCCCGAGUUCAUUCGGCUUUUCAUGAAGGCGUUGGGUGCAAAGAUAUCCGGUUCAGGCAAACGGAUUCUGUUCCUUUGUGGAGAUUACAUGGAAGAUUAUGAGGUAAUGGUUCCGUUCCAGUCCCUUCAAGCCCUCGACUGCCACGUGGACGCUAUUUGCCCUGGGAAAAAAGCGGGAGAGACUUGUCCUACUGCUGUUCAUGACUUUGAAGGUGAUCAGACGUAUAGUGAGAAGCCGGGCCACAACUUCAGUUUAACGGCUGAUUUUGAAGGCCUGGAUGCUUCACGCUAUGAUGGGCUCGUUAUUCCUGGGGGCCGGGCCCCUGAGUAUUUGGCAUUGAAUGGAAAAGUUAUUGAGCUGGUGAAGGAGUUUAUGGGAUCAGGGAAGCCGGUAGCAUCCAUCUGCCAUGGGCAGCAGAUUUUAUCUGCUGCUGGUGUUUUGAAGGGCAAGAAGUGCACGGCAUACCCGGCAGUGAAACUUAACGUUGUCCUGGCGGGGGCCACUUGGUUAGAACCCGACCCAAUCCACCGUUGCUUUACGGACGGGAAUUUAGUAACUGGUGCGGCGUGGCCAGGUCAUCCUGAAUUCAUAGCUCAAUUUAUGGCACUUCUUGGCUUGACUGUUUCGUUUUGA